AAAAGUUGCCACUUUAAACAUUCGCCUCGACAUUAUGCCCAUGAUGUUGCCGAGAUUCUUGUUGCUCAGCGAGGACCUCGAUAACGGUGAGCUACUUCGUAGAAUGGAAUGCAGCUCUGUUUGACUUUGUCGUCCUUUUGGUUGUUUCUCUCUCGAUCUGAGUGGAGGAGUUAAUCGGCAGGGCCGGGCUGGGCGCGGGGACGGCUCGGACACUCCCCGACGACAAACGGACCAGGAUCUCCGGUAUCUGUUCGACGGAAGCCACUCGCUUCCCGUGCAAACUCGGAAAAAGCUGAAACUGAACUCAUCGAUAAUCAACAACCCACCUAUCCCUAUCCCAGCUACCCUCUCUAAUUAUUCGAUCAUGAGCAAACAGAGCCAUAUCGAACGGACAGCCAAUGAGCCCCGUGAAGCAACCCUCCACACCCUCACAAUUGCCCACAUCGACCAAGUCUCCCCUACCAUCCGAGUCAUCCGCCUCGCCAUUCCCCCAAAUGACAACAUAACUUUCCUCCCCGGCCAAUGGGUCGACUUGCACCCACCCCCCGAAGCCCAGGUCCCCAAAGCAGGCGGUUUCACAAUCACCUCCUCCCCCACCCUCGCCCUCCAUAACCCCAACCCCAACGCCCCCUCCACCACCACCCCCAACAAACCAACCCCCCCACCAACAACAACAGAACCCCCCUACCUCGAACUCGCAAUCCAAUCCUCCCCCAACAGCCCCCCCGCAGCCUACCUCUCCCAACCCAUCCCCCAACUCCUGCACACGCCCGUCCAAGUCCGCAUCGGCGGCCGUUUCGUCUUCCCACCCCCCACCCUUUUUCCUCUCCCUCCCCCAACCGCACCCACUACAAGCACCACCACAAAUGACACCACAGCCCCCGUCCGCCGCCUCGUCCUCGUCGCCGGCGGGAUGGGCAUCAACCCGCUGGUGAGCAUGCUCAGCCACAUCGCCGAGCAGGGAGGCGACGACGACGACGGCCCGCAGGCAGGGAUAGGGGUAGAGGUAGAGGAGGUGCGGGUGCUCUACAGCGUGAAGGAGCCCGAGCCCGAGCCCGAGCCCGGCAACAGCACCGGCGGGGCGAUACUCUUCCUGGAGCGCAUGGCGGGCCUGUUUGGGAGCGGGCGGGUCCGGGGCGGGGUGCGGGUUUUUCUGACUGGGGGUGGGGGACGAGGAGGGGUCGGUUCUGCUGUUGGUGAUGCUGUUACGGCUGGUGGUGGUGGUGGGGUGGGGGAUGGACCGGGGGGGUUGGGGGUAGAGGGUGGUGAUGAAAGGUUUGGAGUGCCGUGUGUGAGGCGGAGGAUGACGGUGGGGGAUGUGGAGGAGGCGGUUGGGGAGGAGAAGGAGGCUGCGGUGGUGUAUGUGUGUGGAGUGCCGGGCAUGACGGAUGAGUUUGUGGAGGCGCUGGUGGCGCAGGAGGGGUUUGGUAUGGACCCGAGGAGGGUUUUGUUUGAGAAGUGGUGGUGA